AUGGGGCUCCUUACAUCGUUUUCCGCAUGGUAUCUCGUGUUUGGUGUUAUAACUGCAUAUGAAUAUCUAAGCAAUCCAUGUGCAGACUUAGCCUUGAUACUUCCAAACAGCACCUUCUUCCCCACAACGCCGACGUACAAUGCAUCCAUCCACUCCUACCCGUUCCUUCAACUUCGGCUACAUCCAUCCUGCAUCAUUCGUCCAAGCUCCGCAAAGGAUGUAUCUACUGCCAUCACCACUCUGCUGCAGAAUAAUAACACCAAGUUUGCGAUUAGGAGUGGUGGUCACAAUGCAAACGCCGGCUUCAACAACAUCGACGGCGGUGUGACAAUCGAUAUGCAAAGCAUGAACAAGGUAGAAGUUGCAAGAGGGGAUCAGGUUGUGGCGGUCGAGGCUGGAGCGCUGUGGCAGAAUGUAUACGACAAGGCCGAGAAGCGUAACCUAACGGUACUUGGUGGCCGCAUCGGCGUCGUAGGAACCGCUGGCUUCUUGACCGGAGGUAAAUGCACCCUUCUUCUAGUGGUCCAGUUGAGACAGAAGACUGACGAACAUUGUUCAGGCGGAAUUUCCUUCUUUAGCCCGGAGCGUGGUUGGGCGUGUGACGGCGUCAUCAACUUUGAAGUCGUACUUGCAAGCGGGAAUAUCAUCAACGCGAAUGCGACAUCGCACUCUGAUCUCUUCGUCGCACUCAAAGGAGGGCAGAGCAAUUUCGGAGUUGUCACGCGCUUCGACUUGAAAGCCUUCUCCGCCGGUCCUAUCUACGGCGGAAGGAUUGUUUUCGGAGCCAAUGCUACCACGCCUCUACUUUCUGCAUACACGGAGCUUAAAUUAGGGGAGUAUGAUCCGUACGCAGCGGGCUGGGUCACAGUGCGAUAUAACCAUACGGCAGCGACAUUUACUCCGGUCAGCAUUAUGUGGAACACGCGGCCACCAAAACUUGGCACGUUGAGGAGUAUCGUCGAAGUGAAGCCGCAGGUCAUGAACGGCAUGAUCGAAGCGCCCAUCAGUGAGCAUACCAGGAAUGCAUCCAGACAAGUGGCCGCGAACCCUCAAAGGACAAUUUGGGCAACGACAUCAUUUUCAAUCUCCUCGACGAUCAUACAUCGCAUCCACAGCCUCUGGAAAGACGUCGUACCUGGAAUCGCAGCCCAGUAUGCCUAUGCCAAGCCAGUUGCAGAAAUAACCUUCCAAGCUCUUCCCGCACCACCUCGCAAUGGCACAACACCGAACAGCCUAGGUUUUGGACCAGAUGAGACACCAGAGAAAGACCUCGUAUUCUUGCAGAUAAUCUUCACGUUCGAAGGUGCUGCCGCUACCGAUGGGUUCGAAGAGGCUUUGAAGGAUUUGGUAAGGCUGAUCGAAGGCUUAACGAAGAAGGAGGGUGUGUUCCAUCCAUACAAAUAUCUCAACUUUGCGGCAUCCUUUCAGGAUCCGUUGGCAAGCUAUGGCGGUAUCGAAUUGAGGAGAAUGAAGAAAGUGGCGAGGAAGUAUGAUCCGACAGGCGUGUUUCAGACGCAGGUACCUGGAGGGGUCAAGCUGUUUUGA